AUGGACUCUGCACUGCUGGACUCAGCACUCAGCAAUGUGACUGGAAGGCCCCAAAGAAGCGAUAAACUGGCUGCUAAACCGUUCCUCGUCUCGUUGGCCAUAUAUGGAUGUCUCUUGUUCAUCGCAGUGUAUAUCUUUACAUUCCUCAAAGACAAGUACACAAACAUAUUGGGCAACCCUGUAGCCAGCCAAGAUGUGACGAAGGCAGAGACCUGGAACGACUGCAUGCGGGAAGGGUUGCGUGGGUUGGCCAACUGCGGAGGAUACUUGGCAACCAGGAAGGAAGGAAUGAUCGAGAAUCACGGAGUGGACAGCUACCUUUUCCUGCGAUUCCUUACCCUGGCUCUCAAGCUCCUAGUGCCUCUGAGCCUCCUCGCAGUGCCAGUCUUGGUUCCGGUCUAUUACACCGCGAGUUUCGACGGCCGGAAUUCCGGCCUGGAUCAAUUUGGGAUCUCUAGCGUGCAAAAGUCAGAAAAUUCUCGGUGCUGGGUGAUUGUUUUAGUUGCUAUUCUCAGCAACAUUCACAUAUGCCAUCUCAUCUUGGGCGAAGUUCGGGCAACCGUGAGAAUCAAACAGGCCUAUCUCCACAACCCUCAGCAGGCUAAGAGGGUCACCACGCUAAUAACAACGGGGAUUUCGCCAGAGAUGGCGAAUGGGACACUGAAGAGUAUCUAUUCCUUAUACAACAAUGGUCCAAUCCAGAUCAUUCGCCCAAGGAUGGAGUCCUGUGAGAUCAAGAAGACCGAGCUUCGCGAGCUUUCCGAAGCCACAAGUUCGAGACAACGAGCUCCCUCUUCCAGGAAGAGGCGGAGCACGUUUCAUCCAGCAGUUCCAGAAGCCGUGGCUAGCGUAGGGGAGAAGGUGUCCAGUAAGUGGCACAGUUACCGCUUACGAAGAGAGGUCAAUAGCGCGACAGAUGUGGCAUUGUUAGACUUUUCGGACCUUUUCACCGCGCAUCUUGUGCUGCAGACCAAAAGCUCUGCUGACCCUUUUCUGUUGAACGCGCAGCCUUUCGAUAGUAAAGAGCUAUCAGGAAGGAUGUACGCGGGAGACACCUUGCGCCUCACUCCCAUCAAGGAUGCUAUUUUCCGGAUCCUGCUGGACGCGUUGUCGAUAUUCUGGGGCAUACCAACAUCCUUGAGCGGGCUUCUGUCACAGUUGGUGUACCUCGAGCCAGUUACCUCACGAUUAAACAUGUUGUCUGACGAACAGAUGGCCGUCAUACAAGGUUUAUUGCCACAGAUAGCGUUGUCAAUGCUCAUGUGUUGUUUCCCGCUCAUUGUAUGCUGGAUGAUCAAGCGAGUCGCCGUCUUCCAACCGUCGCACACGGAGGUACUUAUCCAGAGACAUUAUUUCUUUUUCCUAUACGUGCAGGUGUUUCUGGUAGUGUCAGUCUCGUCCAGCGUUACGACCAUGGUCCCAGAUAUUGUUCAGAACGUCCAGUCGGUCCCGCAAAUAUUAGCCGACAACCUGCCGAAGGCCUCUAGCUACUUCUACUCAUACCUGCUUCUACAAGCCCUUACACAGUCAGUUAUGGUGCUAUUUCGGCUUCCAGAAAGUCUCUGGAUACGCAUCCACCGCCACGCAUGCAGAUCACUGCCGAAGACCAUCCGAUGGAGCCUGCUCUAUCCAGUCUUGACGAACUUACUCUGCAUAUGUGCGCCAUUCCGGGUAACUUUCAUGUGGGACCUACUGACGGCUGCACAGGUAUCAUCUUCAAGGUCCUUCUCGAGCAAACCCCCAAUCUCCGCUGCCUUGUGGUACCUAGCUAUCGACGAUUCACAGAAUUCCUCGACAAUCUUCUAA